CGGCCCUCCUGACGUCAGCCUCGCCGCCGUCGCCAUCACUAUAUAAGAGGCCGCUGAGGAAGAACAGUCAGCAGUCCAACGCCCACAGACCUCCGACAUGGCCCUCAAGCUUUUCAUCGUGUCCGCCCUCGUAGCCGCCGCCCUCGCCGACCAGAGGCCCUACAGGCCACCCACCCCCCAGCCCACCUACGGCACCCCCCAGCCCACCUACGGCGCCCCCGCCCCGUCCUACAGCCAGCCCCAGCAGACGUCACGCCCCCAGUACCAGUUUGACUGGGCCGUCAACGACGCGCCCUCCGGCAACGACUACGGCCACCAGGAGUCCCGCGACGGCUACGACACCCAGGGCUCCUACUACGUGCAGCUGCCCGACGGCCGCCUCCAGCGCGUCGACUACACCGUCAACGGCGAUUCCGGCUUCGUGGCGCAGGUCACCUACCAGGGCGAGGCUCAGUACCCCCAGCAGGGAUACGGCUCCCCAAGACCCUCCUAUGGCCCCCCCGCCCCCACCUAUGGCACCCCCACCCCCACCUACGGCCCCCCCGCCCCCACCUACGGCACCCCCACCCCCGCCUACGGGUAAUGCCGCCCACGCCUGACGAUGCCCGCGUCCUUCCAUCCCUGUAAAUAGGUCACUGCUGCUGCUGCUGCUCCAAACAUGCAAUAAACGCAAAACACACCAAAUGCCUUACUUUCCUAUUCCUUCCCGUCCACCGGAAACACGGUUCUUGGCAGCCUUUCCUAUGCACCCCCUGCAGUGCCCCGUCCACCGCCGCCCUGCCCCUCGUCACCCGCCACAAGGCAGGAGCUGCCUGCGGUCACAGUCUCGCUUGCCUGGCCAGCAUUGUGUAGUUUACCUUGCAGCCACCUGGCUCCA